AUGGCGAGAGAGCAAAAGUUGAGCGGCGACAAUAUCGUACUUCUCCCUCAACGAUCGGAAGCACAAGGUGACAUCGCACUUGUCCGGCAUCCUUCUGAAUCUUGUCCAAUCCCGAGAUCAGAUAGGAAUAGCAAGCCUUUCUGGCGUCCCAUAGAAAGGGCAUCCGGCUUGUCGAGUGCAGACAGAGAGGCGGAAGAGGAGAGGUCGGAAACCAAAAAAAAGAAGUCCCCAUGCUUCCGUAGGCUGGAAUGGUCAGAUCCACAACUAGGCACCUUAGGUGUACUGCCAGACGAACUUGUGAUUGAGAUCUGCAAAUAUCUAGUCCCCCAGGAGGUGCCGGGAACGGUCUUCGAGGGUAACUGCAAAAGAUUUCGCGGAGCCCGCAAGAAUAUUCUUCACUUCAUGCAAGCCAGCUCAAGACUGUACUGGAUGGCGCGAGACCUCGAAUGCUUUGGCAAGCGCACGUACAAUUUUGCUGUUUCUGGGCUCGGAUUUUCCUUCGAAGGACAUCGAGAUUGCCCUUCGAGAGUCAUCAAAGCGGCAUUGAAGAAUGUUGAAUCGGUAAAGGUUACUGUGGAGAUAGAUCUGGACCGAAUGGCUGACGUCCAUUAUAUGGAAACACUGGUUGUGGCCUGUCGCAAGAUAGCGGGAUCUAUGCAGCACGUAAAGGGAACGGAGGAACGCCUGCAGACAUACGACAUUGAUAUCUGGUUAUUGGACUCAAGAUAUGUUCCUGGAAAGCCUUCUCACCCCCGAACAGUGCUAUCUGGUGGCACACCUGAUCCAUGGGAGGGGCACAUUAUCACGAUUGACAACCUGUUGAGAAAGUUGUUGAAGCAUCUGGUUGGAAUUCAGAACAUCCGGGUUGGAAACGUUCAGCUUCUAGCCCUGCCACUGACCUACCAUUUCAUGUGGAAUGCCUCAACACCGCUAACAACGUAUUCGAUGGCCAUAGAGGCGCAAGCGAGAUGGCGAAGGGUACAGGCAGUGGUGGAUGCUGGCGCUUACCUGCUCUCCGGCUGGGACAUGAACGAAUUGAAGUGGUGCACCGAGUUCUUGAAGAUGUCUGACUUUACGGGAUACUACACGCGGGCGGAGUGUAUGAGCAAGCUUGAGCCUCCAGGUUCUCAACGUCCGCCCGUCUACGAUAGGAUAGUCCGAUCUCGUUGCCGCUGUUCGCCAAUUUGUUGGCACAUUUGA